AUGGUAAGGCGGGGCUGGAAAGCCUUGGAAAUCGAUAUAAAGGAGACAAAGAACCCAGUUAGCUCGUCAUUUCAUCGACAAGUAGCACCCGCAGCCGCGACACAGUUGCAUUCGCAGCCUGAUCCGAGGGCCUUUAGGGCCAACUAUUUAAUAAACGGUUUACAAUCAUUCCGUUUAAAAUUCCGGGCAUAUUGUCUGCCGUCAUAUUUGGAAGAAACCUCAGCAUUUGUCCUAGAGCAAUCAACCAUGACCAUCAUUGAUACGAUAGCGGUUAAUUCCACCAAUAUUCAACAAACAGCAACAAUAGCAACCGCUGAAACAUGUGCUGACACCGAAGCCCAAAUCAUCAAAAAUGACACCAAAGAUGCUCUGAUAUCUCGGAAAUUCGGUGUUUCGGGGCCGGUUACACCGAUAACAACAGGAACCGUGAAGUUGGAAAUUAUGAAAGAGAUCUAUUGUAGUGGUUCACUUCUUGAAGAGGUCCAAAAAGCUAAAAUCUUCCACGACUGCAAACAUUUCGUCGAUAUGCCACUCAAAAUUGACGCUGAAACGACAUUGCGCGAUUGGCACAAAUUAAUUGCAUCCGGCCAAAUUGAUGAGAAUUCAUUGCGAUGCUUCGUUGCAAAUCAUUUUGAUGAGCCAGGUGGCGAAUUAGAUAGUUGUGAACCAAGUGAUUUCGAUCCAGAAUAUGGCAAAUUUGAAUCCAUCAAUUCACCAUCAUAUCGGCAAUGGGCUAAGGAACUUCAUCGGAAAUGGCCUACACUGUGUCGUAAGGUGUCGGAUCGCGUUAUUGCUGAUCCGGAAAAAUUCUCAUUGAUUCCACUACCGAAACCAUUUGUUGUUCCUGGUGGACGUUUCCGAGAAAUGUACUACUGGGAUAGUUUCUUUACCAUCAAGGGUCUUUUAGCUUCGGGCAUGCAUAACACCGUACGUGGAAUGAUCGAAAAUAUGGGAAGUCUCAUAGAAAGAUUUGGCUACGUACCAAAUGGUAAUCGCGUAUAUUAUCUUAAUCGAUCUCAACCUCCGUUACUCACGUGGUGUCUCGCUGCAUAUUAUGAAGCAACAGGUGAUAAGGAAUUCGUUUUCAUCGGUGCUCGUUGGUUCGAAAGAGAAUUUGAAUUCUUUCAAACAUAUAAAUCAAUUCAACUUCCCGGUGUGAUGUCAUUGCUCUAUCGCUACCAUGUUAUAGCCGUUGGUCCACGUCCGGAAAGCUAUCGUGAGGACGUCGAAAGUGCUCAUCAUAUCGAGGACGUCUUAGAGAAACAACGUUUAUGGGGUGAUAUAGCAGCUGCGGCUGAAAGUGGACGAGAUUUCAGCUCACGUUGGUUUUCUCAAGAUGGGCCCGUGGCUGGUAAAAUGGGUUCCACACGGACAAGUUCGAUCUUACCAAUCGAUUUGAAUGCAAUUAUUUGUGGAAAUCUCCGUUUAAUGGCCAAUUUGUAUGAAGUAAUUGGCGAAAUGUCAAAUGCUGAACAGUGUCGACAACAGUUCAGAAGUAUGAAGCAGGCAAUCCAUCAAAUAUUCUGGAAUGAGGAAUGUGGAUGCUGGUUCGAUUAUGAUAUCAUUCAUGGUUGUCAUGUUAAUCUAUAUAUGGAUACCAACUUCUUUCCAUUGUUCAGUGGAUGUACGCAUGAUGAUUUUGAUCCGCAGAAAAUAGUAUCAUACAUGACGAACAUGGGCGUUCUAGCAUUUCCGGGUGGUUUACCAAGUUCACUGAUAGCAUCCGGGCAGCAGUGGGAUUUCCCCAACGCUUGGGCACCAACAACUUGGGUUAUAAUUCAGGGUUUGCGUUCCACUGGUCAAGAUAAACUUGCUCGUCAAAUUGCCGAAAAGUGGAUCAAGCGAAAUUACAGCAUGUGGCUUAUUUCUGGUGGACGGAUGUUUGAAAAAUAUAACGUUGCGUCGCAAAACAAUAAUACGGCUGGCGGUGGUGGCGAAUAUGAGGUGCAAGAAGGAUUUGGAUGGACUAACGGUGUUGUCUUAGAUUUGCUUCUUACAUAUGGACCUGACCUAACCUUUAAAUCAGAUGAUGAUACACCUGUGAUACAGGAAGAAGAACACUUUUCUUGCAAGGAACAGCAGCAAGUUUCUGAUAAUACCACAACCGCUAACACCAUACUGGUAACUUCAUCAAUUAACUCUGGUCUCCAGUAA